ACCUUUAGGUCUAAUAAUGAGUAACUCUCAAAGUGUCAAUCAUUUUAGCGCCUCUCAACUACUGUGAGAUCCUUCACUGACACAGAAGAUGAAUUCUGACGAAAGUUUCGCCAUGAGCUCCCAAGAAUUUAAUUUCUCUAGUGAUUACAACUACACAGAUGAGGACUGCUGUGGAGGACUUGUGUGUGAUCAGGCUGCAAGCAUGCAGUUUGAUUCAAUUUUUAUCCCAGUCCUUUACUCUCUGGCGCUGGUAGUGGGGCUGCUGGGAAACGGAUUGGUUCUGGUGGUACUGUGGAAGAAAAGGCAGAGCUUGAAUGUUACAGACAUCUUCAUCCUUCACCUGAGUUUAGCAGACACUCUGCUGCUGAUGACGCUGCCCUUCAUGGCUGUAGAGGCAGCGAAGGGCUGGAUCUUCGGCACAGCUCUCUGCAAACUGAACGGAGCGAUGUUCAAGAUCAAUUUCUACUGUGGGAUUUUCAUGCUAUCCUGCAUCAGUCUUGACCGCUUCCUGUCCAUCGUCUUUGCGGUGCAGAUGUACUCUCGCAAAAAGCCAAUGGUGACUCACUGUUGCUGCCUGAUGGUCUGGGUCUUCUGCUUUCUGCUCUCCAUUCCUGACUGGGUAUUCCUUAUGGACGUCGCGGACAGCAGACGUCAGAAUAAAAUAGAAUGUGUUGCGUUUUACCCCUCUGAUAAUUGGCAUCUGUACUCUCGUCUGCUGUACCAUAUUUUGGGUUUUGCUUUUCCAGCAAUAUUGAUGUUGUUCUGUUACUCUUGCAUCCUCCUGCGGCUGCAACGUGGCUCUCAGGGCAUGCAGAAGAAGAGGGCCAUCCGUGUCAUCAUAGCCCUCGUACUGGCUUUCUUCAUCAGCUGGACACCCCUCAACAUCACUCUCAUCAUUGACACCAUAAAUAACAACCAAACCUUGAGUUACCAAAAAUCCUGUGACAGCACCACAGCAUUGGAUGUUGCUCUUACAGCAACUCACACUUUGGGCUACUUACACUGCUGUGUCAACCCAGUGCUUUAUGCUUUUGUGGGGGUGAAAUUUCGCCAGCACUUGCUGGACAUACUGAAACCGCUGGGCUUCACGCUGAAAGGCCCAGCAGGCCUGGUGUCGCGGAAAAGCUCUGUAUGGUCAGAGUCAGUGGACACAUCACACACGUCUGCUUUCUGAAAGAUCAAACUAUACAGUCAGAAACCAUCUCCUCUUUUUUUUGCAACCUGUAACAUCUGUAUCAGUAUUAUUUCUGAAGAGUUUGGCUUUAAGCACACAAGUGUUUCUGUUCACACCAAGAAUGGUAUCUAUUAAUCGUUCUAAUUCUGAGAAUAGUGAAGUCCACACCACAACAAUAAAGACACAGAGAAAAUAUCAUCGGAAUCACUUACUUUACUACUUUCCCAGCUGAUGAAUGAUAAAACCAUUAACAAUCAGAAUCCACCCAACUUUAAAGAUGUACAUUCUCUUAACCCAUUUUAUUGUUAACUAUUGUUAUCCCAUUCAUCUCCCCUAAAAGGGUCACCAUUAAAACAUUGAGAGUGGUCCACUCAAAUCCGUCAAUCUCUUUCCAUCUCAACGUUUAGCUUGAGUUUGUGGUGUGGCUAGCUACUGAAAAAGGAAAAGACAUUUUCAGAACAGCUUCAGAAGUGCAAGCCUUUUAUUUAGACCUAAUUAACAGGUAAUGAAAGUGACAAAGCGAACUGGGCAUUGCGCGCUACAAUGGAAUUUUCAGUAUCAUACAGCAUCAUCAUGCACUCUUUCAGAAAGACAAAUGUACCAAUUUAAAAUGUUGACUUCAAUGUGUCAAGUGUAAACAGCCUCCAACAGUUUACAUGUCAAAAAUUAGGCCUGGGAAUC